GCUUCACUUCCCUUGGUAUUGGGAUAGUUUAUCCUAAGCUGCCAUCCUAUGUUCAUUUUCCGAAUGGUAGCAGGUUUGAGAAGUUCACUAGCACUCUUUUAAUUCCCAGACAUAUAUGGCAAAAGUUGCAUUCAAGCAAGAGCAUGAUUUUGGUCUGUUUUGGACUUCUGCAUUAUU